AUGUUCGCAUCACGCGCAGCCCGCCCGGCUCUCCGCUGCCCCAUCCACUCGGCCCCCGUCUCCCGUCGUGACCUCUCCAGGAAGGUCAUCCUCGCCGAGAACAAGAACUACAUUCCUAUCAGGACAAACCUCAAGGGCUCGGCCUUGUUAAAUACUCCUGCACUCAACAAGGGUGCCGGCUUCACUCGCGAGGAGCGUGCUGUGUUCGGUCUCGAGGGUUUCUUGCCUUACGAUGUCCACAGUAUCGAGAAGCAGUCGUGGCGUGCGUGGAACCAACUCCAGAAGCAGCCCACCACCAUCUUGAAGCACGCUUUCCUUGCCUCGCUCCGUGACCAGAACCAGGUCCUCUUCUACCGUAUCAUGCAGGACCACCUGGAAGAGCUCCUCGGCAUUUUGUACACGCCUGGUGCCGCCGAGGCCGUCGCAAACUAUUCGAGCCUGUUCCGUCGUCCCAUUGGUUGCUUUAUCUCAUUCCCUAACCAGGACGGUAUGCGCGCCCAGCUCGAGUCACAUCUGCACGACAUUAACCGUGUCGCCGACGUCGCCUACCACUGCAAUGACACCAAGGAGGCUAUCGACCUUGUUGUCGUGACCGACUCGGAGGCCAUUCUCGGUAUCGGAGACCAGGGUGUUGGUGGUAUCACCAUCUCGACCUCCAAGUCGGCCCUCUACACCCUCGGCGCCGGUAUCAACCCCAACCGUAUCCUCCCCGUCGUCCUCGAUGUCGGUACCGACAACCACGCCCUGUUCGCCGACCCCCUGUACAUGGGCUGGAAGCGUACCCGUCUGAGGGGCAAGAACUACGAGCAGUUUGUCGACCGCUUCAUCACCCACUGCCGCGAGCUCUUCCCCAACGCCAUUAUCCACUUUGAGGACUUUGGCCUGAACAACGCGUACAAGUUCCUUGAGAAGUACAAGGACAAGAUCCCCAUGUUCAACGACGACAUCCAGGGUACCGGUGCCGUCGCCCUCGCUGCUCUCCUCGCUGCCAUCAAGGCUUCGGGCCAGAAGCUCGAGGACCAGCGUAUCGUCAUUUACGGCGCCGGUUCCGCCGGUAUGGGUAUUGCCGCCCAGGUCCAGGACGGUCUGCAGCUCCUCAGCGGCCUUUCGCGCCAGGAGGCCGCACGCCGCUUCUGGUGUGUUGACCGCAACGGUCUCCUGCUCGAGUCGCAGGGCAACUCGCUCCGCCACUCGCAGCUCGAGUACGCACGCCCCGACGAGGAGAUCAAGACUUGGGACCUCGAGAACCCCGACAUUCACCAGGUCAACCUCAUGGACGUUAUCCGCAACGUCAAGCCCACCGUUCUGAUCGGUACCUCGACCCACACUCGCGCCUUCAACGAGGAGGUUGUCAAGGAGAUGGCCGCUCACGUCGACCGCCCCAUCAUCUUCCCCAUGUCCAACCCCACCGCUCUCUGCGAGGUUGACCCUGCCGAUGCCCUCGAGUGGACUGACGGCAAGGCCUUCGUCGCCACCGGAUCCCCCUUCAACCCCGUCGAGCUCAACGGCACCGAGUACAGCAUUGCCCAGACCAACAACGCCCUCAUUUACCCCGCCCUUGGUCUCGGUGCCAUCCUCGCCCGCUCCAAGACCAUCUCCCCCUCGAUGCUCAUGGCCGGUGUCCACGCCCUCUCGGACCUCUCCCCCGCUCUCGAGGACAACGCUCCCGGCGCCUCGCUCCUCCCCGACCUCGCCGACGUCCGCAACGUUUCCGUUUCGGUCGCUGCCGCCGUCGUCCGCCAGGCUGUCAAGGACAACAACGCCCAGGACCCCAUGACCAUCAAGAUUGUCAAUGGCGAGGCCGGCCACGGUCUCGAGGACUACAUCAAGUCGCGCAUGUGGGACCCCGUGUACCGCCCCCUCGAGCUUGUCGACUAA